UAUAAAAGUGUGUGUGUGUAUCCUUCUCUCCUUCUUUCUUUCUUCUUCUCUGCAAAUCAAAACAAACUUUAUUCAGUUUCCGAUCUGCUCUCCAUUGACUAGAGAAGCAGAAGCUUUAUACGAUCUUCAAGCUUCACUAGCCUUUUAAAUCGGAUCGUAGAGAGAGUAGAUAUGAAUGGUGGAGAUGCUUCUAGCUUCCAGCAGUGUUACCGUUGUUACCCAGUCACAUUCAUUGAAAAGGCACAUCUUGAGAAGGGUGACAAAAUUAUCAUGCCUCCUUCUGCUCUUGAUCGUCUUGCUUCUUUGCAUAUUGAAUACCCAAUGCUGUUUCAACUGAGUAAUGUUUCUCUUGAUAAAACUUCACAUUGCGGUGUACUGGAAUUCACCGCAGACGAAGGCCUUGUUUACUUGCCGUAUUGGAUGAUGUUAAACAUGUCUCUUCAAGAGGGAGAUAUUUUGCAAGUUAAGAGUAUCAGCUUGGUCAAAGGAACUUACAUUAAGCUACAGCCUCAUACUCAAGAUUUCUUGGAUAUUUCCAACCCAAAAGCCAUCUUGGAGACUACGCUUAGGAGCUACUCUUGCUUAACCACCGGUGAUACUAUUAUGGUUCCUUAUAACGACAAGCAAUAUUUUAUCAAUGUGAUUGCAGCAAAGCCUUCUUCAGCUGUGAGUAUUAUCGAAACAGAUUGUGAGGUUGAUUUUGCACCUCCUCUUGAUUACAAAGAACCUGAGAAGCUACAAAAGUUGACUCCCUCAAAUAAGCGAACUCGUGAAGUUGAGGAAGAGGAACCAACAAGCAAAGUUCCCAAAUUCACGCCGUUCACUGGAUCAGGAAAACGUUUAGAUGGAAAAGCAAAGCCACAAACUGAAUCAGAAGAUACAAAACAACAAGAAAAGCCAACUGAGACUGGGAAAGACGAUGAGAAGAUGUCAGUUACCACACCACGGCAACGAUCAGGGAAACUUGUCUUUGGUUCAAACAGCAAACCAGCUGCAAAAGAAACUGUGAAAGUUGAUCCAAAGAACAUCGAGCAAGAGAGUACAACAAAAUCAGAUGAAGCUAAGUUUCAAGUGUUCACAGGAAAAAAAUACUCACUCAAGGGUUAAAACAGGGUUGUUUGAUCAUGUCUCUACGGUUCUGCUGAUGAUAUUUAUCUGUUUAAGCAUUCAUACAUCGUCACACCAAUUUCUGGGAAUAGCUUGGAUUGGAACGCUACAAAGACCCUCAGGAUAACAUAGAUUUCUCUCUGAAAGCUUAAAAGGUUAUUGAUAUGUUUCUUUCUAAUAUGUUUUGAGACAGAAGAAAAUGAACAAAUUUCAGCAAAUUUGACCAGGGAUUAUAGUUUUCUUCUGAAUACAAAGCUUUCUCUCAUUCAUCGACCGAGUAGAGAGAGAGCUUGGCAUGUUUUGAAAAAAACAUCAAAUGUAUUGGAAGAUGUAACAAUAUCAUCAGCCAAUUUCAAUUAUUACAAAACACAAA